CACCCUUCUUUUCGGUUACUUCUACUCUUGCGGACAUCUCCGGUCGUACGCAUAGUCGCGAACGCUAUCUACCCGUGUACCAACGAUGGUGGUUGCAUCUCGGCCGACGGAAAUCAUCAAAUCUAACCCAAUAGGUAAAAGGUUAGAUGGCUUUCGCAAUACGCACGCUUUGAACCCGCUAGACGACGAUAACCAAGAAGUGGAUAAUGAAGAACUGAAAGCCACCCUUUUCGAUCUGAUAGUUGCCUUGCAAAUUCUUCCUGCUUCUCGAUGUCUUCCAUCCAAGAAAGGGAGCGAGAAUUUGUUACACGAUCUCGCAAGACUGAAUAUAGCAAUGAUCUCUGACAUCAUUGACACUGCACGGGUCAAACCCCUCCUCGAUGCAGUCCUCAACAAACAGCCCGACGAAGUCAUCUGGGACGCUGUCUACGACGCCAUGACCGCAUCGGCAUCUCCACCCGGUACUCUAUCAUCCUCCCCACGCACGCCGUGGUCGCACAACACAAGCAGCUUCGCGAACUCGACCCAACACCGCAAAUACGUAGACGUGCCGAAUGAAAUGCAGUGUACGCUUUUCAUGUUUGGAGCCCCUAGUAGAAUGGCAAUGUGCUGACGCUCUGUAGCAAUUUCCACAAGUGCUUCGCUCCUGCGCUGUCCAUUCUUGCGACUCCCACCAGAAAUCCGGUGUCUGAUCUAUCGCAUCCUUCUUCGUUCAGAGCGACACGUGCGCAUGAUACCACCUCCACAAGACGGAUACCAUAUCCCCUGUCCGAACAACCUUCAUCCUUCCAUCUUAGGUACAUGCCGUCUUAUAUACCAAGAGGCACACUACGUAUUGUACGGAG